AUGUUCUUCACCCUUAUAUACAAUAUUGCCAGUGAGAAUUACACUGGCCCACAAUCGGCUGCACUCAACAUUGCUAUGUCUCAAGAUAUUGUUAUAAAUAAGUGCCAAUUCAUCAAAGUUGGCUCAGCAUCAGGUCCAGGUCCAAUUACUCUCUACGGUACAUCCGAAGGAAGCUGGGCAAACAUUACUACCAACUAUUUCGAAUCAUGUAUCGGAAACCGUGGAAGUUCAUUCGCUCUUAGCGGAACAUUCAAACCAUAUUUUUAUAGAAAUGCAAUUUACAAAUCAACAAUUGGUGCUGCCCAAGAUUCUGUUAUUGGUUAUGUUGAAACAUCUGUUGAUAUUCCUUACACACUUUCCUAUUUAAGUGCUUACCAAUGCGCAACAGGUAGCCGCCAACUUAAUCUCCAAGGUUUCCCAACUGUUACAAGCAUUAACAUUUCUUCAUGUUCAGCUCUUAACGGCAAAACCAAGUCCUAUGCCUACGGUAACAUUUAUUUCGAAACACAAAAGUCUUUCAAGGUUUCUUACAGUACAUUUGAAAAUAAUGUAAGCCCAUGUGGUGUCAUUUACCUUCUUAACUGCAACAAUGCUCUCUUCACAAUGUGCAAUAUUUUCUCCAACUAUGCCAAUUCAUAUGGUCUUGUUUAUGUCGAGAAUUCCAAAUCCCUUGACUUCAGAUCAUGCUCAUUCUUCAAGAAUGUCCUAACUAAGUGCAAUAUGUUCCAAACAAAGGGUUCCAAUUCAAAGAUCACCGUAAUUUCAUGCCGCCUCGAUGAUACAUCCACCUACGGUUCUGUUGUUUUCACCCAAAACACAGUCACUAAUGAUCCAACAACAAACGACCUUGCAUUUUACGCAACCGGAAAAAUCUUUGCUAAGAGAACUUAUGUUCCAACUGCAAUCGGAAGUGGAUCUAACAAGGCAACACAGACCGCUGAAGCUGCCCAAGAUAGCACAGCUCAAAAGGGAAAGGAUGAAACAAACGUAUUCCACACUUUACUCUACACUUGCAUUGUCGUUCUUGUUGCUUUCAUCGGCUAUAUCGUUUUCGUUAACUUCUUCUGCGCAAAACCAAAGCAUUCUCAUGAUGAAGAAUACAGCUACUCAGAAGCAAACGAAGAAAGAGCUGCAAUGCUUGAGUAA